AUGGUUUGCUUGGGCUCCACACUUGGAGCAAAGCAAGGCACGCUCUACCGGGCACCGCGAGCAGCUGAACUCAAAGCUACUGAUGACAAUGCAUGGGCUCGCUCAGACUAUUGGCAGCUGAUGACAUGCAAGCCAAGCCCUCCAUUAAGUGUGAGCCACUUGACUAUUAGAUGGCACUCCUUUGUCCUGUAUGAGAUGAUGGAUGAACUCAGCAAAGAAUGCUACUUGUGUGGAUUUUCCGAGACAACAAACCCAGUGGUUCAUACCUAUGCAUGCACCCAGAUCAAGGAUAAGUUGAUCGAAGAUUGGAAAUCUGGGAGCGGAUGCAUUGGUAGCUGGACACCACGAUUCAACCCGGAGCCUGAUCAAAGCACAAACCUUCAGCCGCAGGUACCAACGAUGAAGGUGUGCAAGAUGGAAAAUGAUGUCCCGGUCAUUCCCAAGGAGGUGCGUGAGCGGUGGUUGAAUGAUCCAGUUCGAAACCCCGAUUGGCGAGUGCGACUCAAAAACUUUGAUGCCGUCUUCGCAGCGCCAAGUGAUCCUGGUACAAGCGCACCACGCCCAAGACCUGAUCCUUCUGCCCAAGAUGUUGACCUGGGAGCAGACAAACCCACUCCACCUCAAGAAGGAGGAAGUGCUACUACUGAUUCACAUGCACCUGCGAGUAUGACGGUGGAAGCCUUCAAGCAGAAAUUUCCAACAGUCACGGCGACUGUGGCGAUCAACCUUGGGCAAACAGUCACAGCUUACUUAGUAGAGAACCAAGUCUACAUUAUGUGUGCAGUGAAGCACAGAAUCGUGGGUGCUGAGAGCAGGGAGGCAAAAUGCAUUUUCCCUUACGGUGGAGGGCAAUGGAUCUCUGAUGGCGCAAAGGCAGGGACACUAGCAAAAGUAGACUAG